UUUUCAUAUACCUUGUCUCUGGAAUCGCAUGUCUUGUCCGGAUGCCCCCUUGUAUGAUCACGAGGAGAUCUUUUGUGGAGAAGCGUCCAGCAUUGCUUGUGGCUCACUCAUUGUUUUGUUGUGCCAUGUUCAGGGGUGUAUGGGAGAACAGUGAGGGCAGUCUGCUCCCGCCUGCCCAAGAUCCUCAGAACUACAGGGCAAAUGGGCGAGGUGGGCAGGGCAGGGCAGGGCAGCAGCAAUGGUGUGGCGCGACCGACGAUGGUUGCUUGUGUGUCUGUUGCUUAUCAGGACUCUGUGGCUGCUGGACAUUGGCUCUGGGCGGGCAUCCAGGAGUAAGUGCGGUGCACACGCCCACACACUGAGACCGACGGCAUCUCUCUACUGUGUGUAUGUCGGUAUCUGUGUCCAGUUUUGGUUUGUGUGGCGACCGGCACACGGCAUACAUCUACAUCAAGCCUGACGCGUCGAACACCGACACACACGUGUCAUCGAGCGGCGGCGAUGAGCAGAGGUAUGUGACCAGAUGGAUGGAUGGAGGACGCAGUCGUGACUAAUGAACCACACCGGCCGAUGUGUGUAUGUGUGUCUCUCUGUGUUGCAGUGUUCUCUGAUUGCGCUGACACGGAUGGCGAGAGCAAGCAUCGCUGAGCAGAUAGCCCGAUGCGAGAACAUCCUCGAGGUGAGGAAGCAUCACUCCUUCAUUCAUCCCUCCCUCCCUUUCUCCCCCAUCCGAUGUGUGGCUGUAUCUGUACCUCAGUGCUGGUAUUGCGGCCCUCGACCUCGCCGAGCGUAUCGCGUUCCCUCCGCUGCCGCAUCAGUGUCACACAAGAAGAAGCGGAAACACGAGGGCGGCUUCAAGCGGUCGAUGGAUGGGCAGUGACAAACAGGCAUCAAGCGGCGAAGGGUGUAGUGGGGGGCGCUUGGGAUGGUGAGUCGUGUGCUUGGCGGGGCCUUUUGCAAGCAAGUGCGAUAUGCAUCAUAUGCACGUGGGUAAGUCUAGUAAGCAAGCAGGUGUGGGUGCUAAGUGGCGCCCGCGUGCGCCGUAGCUUGGCAAGGUGUAGCCGACGUAUAUCUAUGUGUACGUUCGUGGAUCCAUAGACCUGUCAUACUGUACUCAGUUAGGCAGUCAGGCAGGCAGGCGGGCAGGCAGGGAGACGUGUAUUAAUGGUGUUUUGCAGAUGGAUAUGGCCAUUAACUCUCUUGGCUGGGUGGGUGGAUGGAUGGAUGGAUGUUCCUGCUUGCUGAUAAUUCAUUGGGGCCGGUAAUCAAGAGGGGAGAAAGGUCCCUCGAGCCCGGCCGGCAAUGAAUAGCUUCAUAUAUCCAUUCUGGACUGUACCCAUGUCCAUGGACCCGAGUCGUGCGCGUCGUGUAGGGGUGUGGGCUCGUCUGCAUGACCGUCUAUGAGAGAGACAGAUAUGGAUCGGUUCCCUUCACACGUUGGACAGGGUCGGUCACGUCAAUCAAUCACUUACAAGCUCC